AUGGAAAAGAUUUUUCUCGGUCGUCAACCGGCUGAUGAUAUACUUGGGAAUCCAUCAACUUAUGAAAAGGGAGGUGUGUAUUACUACUCUGAACGAGGGGAUCGAUUGAUUGACCUAAAUGCAUUUCGUGACACCCUUUGGCAGAAGUGCAAUUUUGAGAAUCCACAGCUGAGUACUUUUGGGAGUGAAGCUGAAGUUGAAGAAGUAAGAAAUACUGUUCAACAGCUUCUCAGAUGGGCAUGGAAACACAACAAGAACCUUGAAGAACAAGCUGCUCAACUCCAUAUGUUAACUGGAUGGGCACAUAUUGUUGAGGUUGCUUGA